AGAGAGAGAGAUGAAGGAGACGAGCACAGCCGGUGAGACGUCGAUUUCGGUGGACGAGAGGUAUACCCAGUGGAAGUCUCUCGUUCCGGUGCUCUAUGAGUGGCUGGCCAACCACAACCUCGUCUGGCCCUCCCUCUCCUGCCGAUGGGGUCCGCAAUUGGAGCAAGCUACAUAUAAGAAUCGGCAACGGCUUUACCUUUCAGAGCAGACUGAUGGCAGUGUUCCGAAUACCUUAGUUAUAGCAAACUGUGAAGUUGUUAAACCUAGGGUAGCUGCCGCAGAGCAUAUUGCUCAGUUCAACGAGGAAGCGCGGUCACCCUUUGUAAAGAAGUUCAAAACAAUUAUACAUCCAGGAGAGGUCAACCGAAUCAGGGAACUGCCACAGAAUAGUAAGAUAGUGGCCACACACACUGACAGUCCUGAUGUCCUCAUAUGGGAUGUUGAAACUCAACCUAAUCGUCAUGCUGUAUUGGGAACUCCAGAAUCUCGUCCAGAUUCGAUAUUAACUGGGCAUAAAGAUAAUGCAGAAUUUGCUCUUGCCAUGUGUCCAACUGAACCAUUGGUGCUCUCUGGAGGUUGGAAGCUUCUAUUUAUUAUUGCGAGAGUUUUAGUGACUCCUGAUCUUUAUGUGAUAUGGUUGUUAAGUUUGCUGCACUCUAAUUUUUUAGAUCUAAUGAAUAAUAUGUUUAGUUGAGCUA